CGCGUUUAGUGUUUGACGGAAAUAGCCGAACGGGAUUAAUUUUCAAAGUAUCAGUCGAAUGAAUGUAAAAAUGAUCGAUGUUUAGCCUAGCCUAUUCCGCCUAUUCUGUUAAUGUUGUAAUUAUGUCGAUUGGAAAUAGGAAUUCACGACCCUGCCCUAUCAUAACCGCCAAUCUCAAAGAUUACAAAGACGAGUUCCGAUUGUGCCUGGCAACGUUGAACAAAAUGGCGGACGAAAGCAAGUCCAAGAGUAGCACACAGUGUGAUCAAGGUGCAGACAGAAAUUUGGAAGAAUUCAUUCUAGAUCAUUACCAACAAGAAAAAAAUGCUGGAAGGCUGAUUGCCUCAGAUAAACUCAAUGAAAAGAGGAUUGACGACUUCUAUAACCGUGCAAUUGCAGAGAGUAGAAGAAUGAACGAAGAAGUGGUCAAGUCUAAGCAGCAACAACUGCAGCUGCAUCAGGAGCUUGGUGCAAAGAACUUGGCUGAAUGGAGGCAGGAACAUGCUUCUCAAACAUUGCUACCAGAGCAAGCUGAGAGGGUUCGACUGGCUGACCAGUACUGCUGAGCUGAACUUGGACAACAAGAUUACACUGUGCUUAGUUGUUGAGAUGAGGCAGAGUUCUGCACUAUGUCAUGUGCAUUUUUUCAGGGGAAUUAGGUUUAUAAAACGUUUCCUACUGAAACAAUUCAUCAGAGCAUCAGUGCUCAAUAUUAGACUUAUUAUAAUAAAUGGAUAUUUGUACAGUUGAAUUAGGUCAUGUUUAUUAUUGGUUAACUGAAAUAAUGAACGGUUCCACCAUAAUGUUAACAUUUUUGGAGCCUACGUUUACCGCGUGCCAAGGUUAUUCUAAAAAUGGCUAUUUGAUCCUUGCAAAAUUUGGUGAGUUUUGAGCAAAUGAAAAUCGUAAUAGCCUAUCACAAUAGUAAAGGUAUUUGUUAUGACUAAAACUUGCCAGGGACCUGUCUCUGGAUGAUAAAUAUGUCAAGUAGUAUUUCAGUAAAUGUUCAAAGAUCUGAACCAAGUUAAAAUAGCCUUUCCUAUCAAAGGUCUUUGUACCAAUAUACCACACCAUACAUACAUGAAAGGAGCAUUAUUCCUUUUGUGCACAGUAAAUUUCAAUGUAUUUAUUGUUUGUCAUCAUGUUUGUUAAAUUUCAAGAGAAAAACAUUCAGUAAGGGACCAGAUAUAUGUAUUUGUGUUUACAUUAAACUUGAAUCAAUCA